AUGUCGUUCUCCAGACAGAUAUUUGGGCAAGUCCAGCGUCGAGCUUUCUCGGCGUCUGCGCGACAGUCCUCAAAAGUCACCGUCCUCGGUGCCGCUGGUGGUAUCGGUCAACCUUUGUCACUCCUGAUGAAGCUCAAUCCUCGUGUUUCACAACUCGCGCUCUACGAUAUCCGCAUGGGCCCAGGUGUCGCCGCUGAUAUCAGCCACAUCAACACCAGGAGCACUGUCAGGGGAUACGACCCAACUCCUUCAGGACUUCGUGAAGCUUUGGAGGGCGCUGAGGUUGUCCUCAUCCCGGCUGGUGUCCCUCGGAAGCCUGGCAUGACUCGCGAUGAUCUCUUCAACACGAACGCAAGCAUUGUCCGAGACCUGGCGAAGGCUGCGGCUGAUGCAGCUCCCAAUGCCAACCUCUUGGUUAUUUCCAACCCUGUCAACUCUACCGUUCCCAUCUGCGCCGAGGUCUACAAGAGCAAGGGCGUCUACAACCCCAAGCGUCUUUUCGGUGUCACCACUCUCGACGUCGUCCGUGCCUCCAGAUUCGUUUCCGAAGUCAAGGGAACAGACCCUGCCAAUGAGAACAUCACCGUCGUCGGUGGACAUUCGGGUGUUACCAUUGUGCCUCUAAUCUCACAAUCCGGUCACACAGAUAUCACUGGCGAGAAGCUUGAUGCUCUUGUCAACCGCAUCCAGUUUGGUGGUGAUGAGGUGGUCAAGGCCAAAGAUGGUGCUGGGUCUGCUACUCUUUCCAUGGCCAUGGCCGGUGCUCGCUUCGCCGAGAGCUUGUUGAAAGCCGCACAGGGUGAGAAGGGUGUGGUUGAGUGCACCUUCGUCGACAGCCCACUGUACAAGGAUCAAGGUGUGGACUUCUUCGCUUCCAGGGUUGAGCUUGGCCCCGACGGUGUUCAAAAGAUCCACGAGGUCGGCAAGCUCACUAAGUACGAGGAGAAUCUUUUGGAGGCAUGCUUGGGAGACCUGAAGAAGAACAUCCAGAAGGGUUACGACUUCGUGCACGCAAACCCGUCGUAG